AUGAUGGAGAGCGAACCUGAUAAAAAGCUUAAAGAUGCAAAUUAAUCAAAUUAAGAAAAUGAUAAAAAUGGACAUGAAAUUGAGGAAUAAAUACCUUACGUAGGCUUAAGAAAUUAAGGAAAUACAUGCUACAUGAACAGCUAUUUGCAGACGCUUUACCAUUUGGGAGAUUUUACAAGAUUAGUGUUAUAGAUACCAACUCAUGGAGAACCUUUGGUUUUUCCAGACUCGAUGCAAAUCCUCUUUAAUGGUCUGCUAAAAGAAAGUCGAGCUUAAAGCACUGUGGAACUUUGCAAGAGUUUUGGCUGGGAUAGAGAAGACGCAUUCAAUUAGUAGGAUGUACAGGAAUUUAGUUGCAACAUAAUUGAAGCUUUAGAAAGAAAAGUGGACAAAUAUGAAAAAUUAAAAGGAAGCAUUUAAAAUCUGUUUUAAGGAGUAGCAAAAAACUAUAUAAGAUGCAAAAACGUUGAGUUUUGUUCAGAAAGAAAAGAAACAUUUUUUGACAUUUAGUUAUAGGUUAAAGGUAAAAAAGAUAUCUACGAAUCACUGAUGGAAUACACUUCUGAAGAGCUCAUGACUGGUGAUAAUUAAUAUGACACUGAAGAUCCAAAGUUUGGUAGACAAGAUGCAAUCAAAGGAAUAAAAUUUUAAAGUUUGCCUCCCAUUUUACAAAUUACUCUAAAGAGGUUUGAUUUCGACUACCAGAAGAUGAGACUUGUAAAAAUUUUAGAUAAAUACAACUACCCUUUAGAAUUAAACUUGUAUGACUUUAUGGAUAAUUCAGCCAAGGAAAAUGAUUUGUCAAAAGAAAAUUGCUUGUAUACUUUAUAUGCAGUAUUGAUUCAUAGUGGUAAAUAAAGUGGCUCAGGUCACUAUUAUGUCUAUAUAAAUAAACUUAACAAAUGGUAUAAAUUUAAUGACUCUCGUGUUGAUAUAAUUUCUGAAGAAGAAGUUCUUACUGGUGGCGAAGGAGGUGAAUUUACUGAAAAAAAAUAUAUUUAGUAAACAGAAAAAAUAGAGGAAACUACAAUACAAAAAAAAGAAACAGCUUAUAUGCUUGUCUAUGUAUAAAAAAAUAAAGCAAAUUAAAUUCUCAAAGAUAUAACUGAUGCUGACAUCCCUCAAUAAAUAAAAACUAUAUAUCUGGAAAAGAAGAAAAGAGAAGAAGCAGAAAGAAGAAACAGAGAGUAUUUCUAAGUAAAGCUUUUGACUUUUUAAGAUUUAUAGCAAACAAAUGGGAAUUCUUUAUUUUUCCAUAAAAACCAUAAAAAUGAAUAUGUCUCUACUGAAAAUUUUGAUCAUAUUGGAAAAAAUAUCUCCUUAAAAAAUAUGAUAACUUUAGAUUAUUUUCUAAAAUAGCUGGCAAAUUAGUUAAAAUGCAAUGAAAAAGAUAUUUUAUUAUUCAAAAUUACUUAUGGAGUUUAACUAGAAAAAGUUGCUAAUUUAUCUCAUUUACUUUAAUUAAAUAUGGGAAAUUUUAAAGUUAAGUAGAUAUUUUAAAGUAAGAUUUUUUCCUGUUAGGAUUAUGCUUUGCUUGUCCUUGCUUUAAACCCAAAUAGGCUUAAUUUAUCAUUAGAAAAUAUUACAGAUGAAUAUUAAAAUGAAGAAGACGAUGACAAUGUCAUGGCUAAAUAAUCUAUCGAAAUUACAAUCGAUGCUGAAGAAAAAUAAACGAAAGAUGAACUAUUAAAAUAGUAGAAACUAGUGAUUUUUUAUAAACUAAUACAUAUAGCAGAUAAACCAGGAUAGCUAUUAUUGGAUUCAAAUAAUAGUUUGUAAAUUAAAUUGACUAAUUACAUUUACGUCAGAGUUUGGGAUAACUUUGAAUUAGCAGUUUAAAAAAUAGCAAAAUAAUAAAAUAUAAGUGAGUCGAAACUGUGCUAAAACUUUGAAUUUUAUUAAGAGAAAAAUCACUUAGCCUAUCCUUUAGAUAUUAAUGAUAUUUAUAAUAAAAAAGUAUAUGAAGUUCUUCAUAAUCGUUAUUAUGGUGUUUUGGUGCUUAAAGACACAAACUUAGAUAAAUUAUCAAAUGAAAAAAUUGAUAUAGAAGAUAUCUAUAAAUAAAAAGAGAACACAUAUCGAGUUACAUUUGAUCCUACUGAAUCAUCUUGUCUUAUCUAAGAAAAAAAAUCAUAUGAACUUAAAGGGGAGUACACUUUUGAUAUGGUCUAAAGAAGUAUUAAUGAAGAUUAUUACAAUGAUGAAAAGGAUUAUUAAAAAAUAUACUUUUAAUACUAUGAUUAAGAUAAAAAAAGAUGGGUAGACUUUGCUAUCGAUGAAAACACAUUAAUAAGCGAUUUAAAUGAUAUUUGUGAAUUGAGAUUUGGCUAUGAUGAAAAUAUGAAAGCAUAUGAUAGAAGUACAUGUGUCAACUAUAAGUUUUAUUUAAUGGAUCAUAGCUAACAGGUAUAUUUAAUAAAUAAACCUCAAGAGAAAGCUAUCAUAAUCUAUUAAUAAACUAAGCUGUAAAAUUAUAUAGAAUUAGUGGAAGAAAAUCCUGAUUAAAUAUCAUAUAAUCUUAAAGACAAUCUAAGAAACUAAAUAAUCGUUUCAAGAGUGAAUAAAAGAAAUCCACAUUUACUAGUUAGAUGUUAAAAUCUAUCAAUUACAAUGAAUAUUGUUUCAACUUAAAAUUAUAAAUAUAUGCAUAUUUUGGAAAGACCUUAUAUUUAAGAAGAAGACUACCUCAUAGCAGGCUGCUUUACAGAUAGCGAAAAUACUUACUUUGGUCAUCCUUUUUUGAUGGUUGAAUCUAAAAAUACAAAAAUAAGUGAUUUUUAUGAAAAAAUAAAUCAUCAAUUUAAAAAUAAAAAAAUAAAUAAAUUCUUUGAUUAAGAUAGUUAAUCUUAGAUUACAAAAUUUGAUGCUGUUCUAACUUAUAAUUAAAAUAAUGAAAACAGUAAUAUUUCAAAAACUAUAAAUAUCACCUAAAACUAAAACUGCACUGAUACUAUCGAAAGUUUAGGUGUGCAUGAGAAUUUUGAAGAGUAAGAGUAUAUGAUUUUAAAAAUUAAAAUAUAUGGAAUAGAUCUUUCUUCAAAUAUAAAAAGGAUUUAAUCAUCUUAAAACUGA